AUGGAACUAGCUGAUAGAGCUGUCGGCUUACUUCUAUCAAUUGUCAGCGUGUCCAUCUUCACUUAUUAUACCUUAUGGGUUAUCAUCCUGCCUUUUGUGGACAGUGACCAUUUCGUGCACAGCUACUUUCUCCCUCAGGAAUAUGCCAUUCUCAUACCUGUGUACGCGGGCGUGACACUAAUCUGCUUUCUCUCAGUGUUUAUUGGAUAUGUGAUGCUCAAGUCGAAAAAGAAGAAGGCAUGA